AUGAAGGUAGGGAUCAACACCUCUAAGCUUAGAGUUCUCAGCCGGAGAAUCGCAGUCGAAGAGUGUCAGGAAGACGAUCAUCAUCAUAUCAUCUUCAUCAAUUCUUCAUCAUGUUACUUGUGCUCACGCUUGUACUUUUUCUGUCGCAUAAUGCUAUCGGGAGGUAUCAUAUUUGAUCGCUCAGUGAACUUGUUUGUUGAAUUACAGAAUCUAGAUUAUCGGCAUGAGACACCCGAAGUAUUCAUUGAUUACACUAUGAUGCGGGAUGAUUAUUGGAAGUCAAUAUUGACUGGAAAAAUCCGUCCAAAAGUUUUGUAUCCAUCUUCGUCAACAUUGACGCUAGUAGAAGCAUGGAAAUUAGCCGGCGGUAGGGUUGUAAACUUCUGCAACGGAAUUCCAAUGAAACUGCUGGAAGAAACUCAACCAGUGCCUCAGGACACGCAGGAUCCGUUUUUGAAUGAAAUCCCCCAAGAUGAUAACGAAAUUUUCCAGAAACGGGUUACGGACGUGGUGAUAACUCCGCUUAUCGAUCGCGCUAAACGAGAGAUAAUGAUGGAGAACCGUGAAAAAAUGAACGGGGAGGAGUACGUGAGAGUUCGAAGACACGCUUAUCCGGGAAAAUUUCGCGGGCAAACGCAGUCGCAGUAUUUGAAUUUUGAUAAGGAAGGGGAUAAAGCGGGAAAAGCUGAAGCGGAAGCUACUAAUGAGUCUUCUCGGGCUGUCGUUAGUGGUACCAACGGAAUGGGACAAGCUCAAAGUAUGACUGCAGGUGGCUCGUGCGAAGACUGCCCAGGUUACCAGAAAUUUCCUCCAGUACCGGUAGGUUACACAGGAUUGCCUGGAGGAGGUGGAACAGGAUUGACUGUUCCAGGAACUUUGCCGGGAAUAAAUGGUCCAGGUGUUGGUUAUCCGGGGACAAUUGUUCCGGGAACGACAGGAACUUUCCCGCAAACUGGAGGUGCAUUGCCGGGAACGUACCCAGGAGUUAAUUUGCCGGGAACUGGGCAGGGAGUUCCAGGAACUUAUCCGGGAGGAGUUGUUCCACCAGGCGGUCAAAUACCUGGAGGAUAUCCAGGAACCUCCUAUCCAGGUGGCCAACGACCAGGCGUGGGACAACCUGGUAGUCAAGUAGGAACGGGAGGGUAUCCAGGUGGUAUUGUUCCUGGAACUGGUCAACCAGGAACUUAUCCUGGAGUAGGACAGCCGGGAACUUAUCCAGGUGGUAGUGUUCCGGGGACUGGUUCACCAGGAACUUAUCCAGGCAGUAAUGUUCCAGGAACUAGUCAACCAGGAUCAUAUCCUGGAAGUGUUCCAGGGAUUGGUCAACCAGGAACUUAUCCUGGAGUAGGACAGCCAGGAACUUAUCCAGGUGGUAGUGUUCCAGGAACUGGUCAACCAGGAACCUAUCCAGGUGGUAUUUCAGGAGUAGGACAGCCGGGAACUUAUCCAGGUGGUAGUGUUCCAGGAACUGGUCAACCAGGGACCUAUCCAGGUGGUAGUGUUCCAGGAACUGGUCAACCAGGAACUUAUCCUGGCAGUAUUCCGGGAAUUAGUCAACCAGGAACUUAUCCUGGAGUAGGACAACCAGGCACUUAUCCAGGUGGUAGUGGUCCAGGAACUUAUCCCGGUGGUAGUGUUCCGGGAACUUAUCCAGGUGUUAGCGUUCCAGGAACUAGUCAACCAGGCACUUAUCCAGGCAGUAUGCCAGGAGUAGGACAACCGGGAACUUAUCCAGGUGGUAGUGUUCCAGGAACUGGUCAACCAGGAACUUAUCCAGGAGGUACUCCUGGAGUCGGACAACCAGGAACCUAUCCUGGUAGUAUUCCAGGGGUUGGUCAACCAGGAACUUAUCCUGGAGUAGGACAACCAGGAACUUAUCCAGGUGGUAGUGUUCCAGGAACUGGUCAACCAGACACCUAUCCAGGUAGUAUACCAGGAUUAGGACAGCCGGGAACUUAUCCAGGUGGUAGCGUUCCAGGAACUGGUCAACAAGGCACUUACCCAGGAGGUACUCCUGGAGUAGGACAACCAGGAACUUAUCCAGGUGGUAUGCCAGGAGUAGGACAGCCCGGAACUUACCCAGGUGGUAGCGUUCCAGGAACUUAUCCAGGUGAAAUUCCGGGGGUUGGACAACCAGGAACAUAUCCUGGGAGUUUACCAGGAACUGGUACCGGAAUUAUACCCGGAACUGGACAACCAGGGACUUAUCCAGGUGGUGGUACUAUACUACCUGGUUCUCAAGGUGGAGUAUCAUUACCAGGUGGCCCAUAUCCAGGGGGUUUAAUCCCUCCUGGUGGAGUUUACCCACCAGGGACAACUUAUCCCGGUGGAGUAAUCCCUCCAAACGGUACCCCAGGAACAUAUCCAGGAAUUUUCCCACCAGGAACUUAUCCCGGAACCGUUCCAGGGUUCUAUCCAGGAGGAGUAGUACCACCAGGCGCAUUAAUCCCCGGUCAAUAUCCAUCAGGUGUUGUUACUGCAGCAGCAGAUGACGCAGAUUCACAUGCUUCAAGCGAGGUCAAGCAAAACGAAGCCGGAACCCAGGCAAGCGCUUCAGCGGACGGCACAUACGGAACUGGAACUGCCAAGUCUCAGGUCAGCGGUAUCUACACAGGCGCUGGUUCGUUCUCAGCUCAAGCGGGAAUCAACGACGGCAACAAAGGCGCCCAAACUCAAGUUUCUGGCGGUAAAGAGGGCGCUAUGAGCAGCGCCCAAGGCUUCGGAGGACAAGGUAAAAGCCAAACUCAAGUGCAGCUGGACUCCGAGACCGGAGCAACAACCACCGGGUCUCAAAGCAGCGGAUUCAACCAUGACACCAGUUCCCAAGUUCAAGCUAGCAUGAAAGGUGGAAUGGCUGAUGCCCAAGCCAACGGAGAGGGCAGCACGUCCUCCCAAGCUCAGAUUGGGUUUCAACCAUACAUGGGUUCCGCAGAACUGGACAAAGUCCAGUCAAAGCCAUUUAAAGGUGGAGGUACAGCUUCAGCUCAAAGUGGGACUUAUCAAGGACAAUCCCAAUCACAAAUUGAAGGCUCUUUUCAAUAUGGAAUCACUUACACUGGCGCCGCUCAAGCUGGUUCUGGAUCUGGUGCUGCUGCAUCAAGACGACCCUUCAAUUUCACCAACUCAGACUCAAAAUUAUUCAAGAGUUUCGAUAAAUUCGAGCCUAUCAAGAUAUCCAGUGACGGCAAAGAUGAACCAACAGCUCAACCUGAACUUGACACGGCCAUAACUGGAACCCAUACUUUGAAAACUAGUUCCAGCACUAGGAAGACUGUUCUCAGUAGAACACCCACCAGGCAAGAGCCUCAGGAGGCUGGAUUGGAGACGGGGCCUGUUGAGUACGAUGCUGAGGAAGAUGAGGAGUAUGAAGAUGAUGACUAUGCUGCUGCUCCGGGAAAAAUGGACGCUAAGUUGAGAACCGCUGAGUCGAGGAAAAUUCAUGAACAUCAUGCUAAGCAUGAUGGUCUUGGGAAACAAGAUUCUUUGAGACCCAAAGAGGGAGAUCUCUUGCAACCUGGAGAUUCGCUUCCAGGAUUCACUGUUCCUCAGGGACUCAGAGCUAGAGUCACUUCAGCUUCUGGGGAACGGGCGCCAAGUCAAGCUGGUGGGAAACAUCAACCUCAGACAGUUAUUCUCGCUCCGAAUCCGGAUCGCUCUCAACAAAUUGGGAAGUUUAAUCCUGAUACUAGGGCUUUGAAGCCUGGACAUAAUCAGAAUUAUCUUCAUGCAACGCAUUCUGGAAAAUAUACUAAUCCUGGAAAAACAAGAUCGAUGACACCAACACCAGUAAAAUCAAACUACUACACGGUAACAAACAGCGUAGCUGGAAAUAUGGGUGAUCCACGCAGAAAAUACGAGCACCGCUACUACACCAAAAGCUCAACUUGCGGCUACUUUACAUUCUCUUGCAACAUAGUCCACGGUUCCAACGGCAGAACCAAAAUCUGCAAGCCAAAGAUGCCGACGUACCCCGAUGGCACUCCUAUGAAAUGCUAG